AAAAAUUCCCGGAAAAUGCAGAAUCAGGACGACUUUCGUAAUCUCCCCAUAGACAUUGCUUUAGCUCGUCUCGGAGUAAACUAUUUUAUCAAAAAAAUCUAUAAUAAAUUGAGAGCUAAGAUAUCGGCGGCGUUUUCGUCGCUGCCGAAGGAUAUCGAUCCUUACUUCCAAACCCUAGACCCCGAAGGGAUUGGUUACUUGGAAGCCAAACAAAUAUAUGGUAUUCUUCUGAAGUUAACUCCAGAAAGCCGUAAUAUUUUUGGCCGGCUUUCAGGUGCUGCUGGUGUUUGGGAGUCAAUCGUGCAAUCUUUUGAGAAAGACCAUAUUUACCUUGGUGAGGCUGCUCAGAUAAUGGUCCAGAAUGUUAAUUAUGAAAUACCAUAUCAGAAAAAGCAGGUCCAAAGGACUCAACAGCAACUGGCUGAACUAGAGCGCAAGGAAGCUGAUAUUAAAAGAAAUGCAGCUCUUUCAGCAGCUAAAUUUGCAGAGGCUUGUCAAGAGCUAGGAUUGCAGGGAAUAAAUGUGAGGUCGGAACUGUUAGAAACUGCAAAGAAAUCUCUCCCAAGCACAUUUAAGAGGAUUCUGGAAGUCUCAAGUGGUGAUUCUGUGUCACGGGCAAUUGAGUUUUAUUCAAAUUUUGUCAGAGAUGUGCAUACGGAAAAUGAUAAAACUUCCGGGACUGUGUUACCAAAUCUAAGGGACAUUAUUGAAAACCCGCCCUCUCUGAAUGUUUCUGUGGGCUCUGAAGUUCUUGAUACUGUGAAUGUUGAUGCCCGCCUUGAUGAAUCAAACUAUGUAACUGGGGAGAUGGGAGUUGUAGCUGAUAUUAUUGACUGGGAUAUUACUGUCGACAACUCUCAGAUAGAUUGGGAUAUUGGUACUGUGGAAGAAACAGAAGAUACUGGAAAUGGAUUGGGUCCUUAUGAGAUUGUGAAUGCCAAUGAGUUUUUACAAAAUUCUCCAUUGAAUGAUGAUGGUGUGGAAUCUGAUGAGACCUUGUUAAAUAAGAAGGAAGAUGUUGUGGUCCCAGAGGUCUCUGUGUCAGAGAUUUCUUGGGAUAUUAGUGUUGAGAAUCCUCAAGUUCAUGUGAUUGAAGAUACAGGCUUGUCAAAUGCAGUCUUGGAGUCUCAUACAUCUAUUCCAAAUAUUGUAACUGAAACCCAAGAAAUCGCCCAACAGAGAAGCCAGCUUUUGGAGACGGAGUACAGGAAUAAGAUUCUUGAUGACCUAUUUGAGAUUAAAGCAUUCUUGAAUCAGUGGUUGACGGAGUUGACAAAUAACGAAACUCUGUCCUUGCAACAUCAAGUCCAGGCAGUUGCUCCUUUAGUGUUGCAGCAGUACUCUUCUGAUACAAUUCAGAAGAUGUUGUCUGAUGUUUCUUUGGCCAUCUCCUCACUGACAAAUAGAAAAACCAGGGAUCAGAUCAUGAUUCUCAACUCAAAAAGAUUUCUCGAUAGACUAGUGAGUACACUAGAGGAAAAGAAACACCACCAAGUGAAGUUGAAGGAGGGGUUGAAGGACUUGUCUGCCAAACGGAUGGAGCUGCAGAAUUCAUUGACAUCAUUGUGGCCAAAGCAGGAAGCGGCUCUGGCCAAAACCAGGGAGUUGAAAAAGCUUUGUGAGAGUACACUGUCAUCCAUGUUCGAUGGAAGACCUGUCCAUAUAAUUGGAGAGAUCAAUUCCUUGUUGAGCACUAGUCUCAGCUCAUAAAUCGUUGUCAUUACUCAGAAUUUGUUUUUUGUUUCUUGUUACAUAUUCAGUGAUUAACAUGUUCCCUUUGUCAAUCAAAUGCUGAUCGUGUUCCCAAUAACAAUCUGCAGUUCCUUACCUUGGAAAUUUUACAUUACCCUCCGUCCCAUCUUAUAUAUUGAAAUUACAGCAUUUUUUAGUAGCUUAA